AUGGAAGUAUACUUGGCCAUCCCUCCUCAAGACCUACUGAUGGUGUUGGAUGUGCCCAAGCCCAAAGGGGCUGGAAUUGUUACUUCUUCCACUGCCCUUACUACUCAGAUUCCUGUGCUUGCUACUCCACAGUCUGCCCCUACUGCCCCAACUCCUUCUAGAAUCACCCCAGCCUCUUCGAGGAAAGCAACAACUACUGAUUCUAUCCUUUCAAUGGGGACUCCCUCAGUUUCAGUUGAGGUUGAUCAUCUGCAAAACGUGAGGACUAUUCAAAUCAUCCUUCCAUUUCCCAAGCCUGCAUUUGAUCUUCCCCAUCUGACUUUUGACCCUCCUCAAUUCGGUUCUCUUUCAAACCUCGCUCUUCUUCCUUCUCCCAAGGAAAUUCCAACUGCUACUCCAUCUCUGAUGGCAGUUGAUUCUCCUAUAAAGGGUACUGGCAGCUCUCCGAUUCAUGGUUUAUUACCUCUGCCUACUUCCAGCCCUUCUUCUCUUGACCUAUUGGUGGCUAGGACCAUAGAGACUGUUGAAGAUGCUCCACCUAUUUCUCCUAUCCCCAUGCAGUCUUCUGUGCCUUCCAUCACAGCUCUCUCUGCACCCCCUCAUGCCUACGGAUGA